UUCUCUCUUCUUCUCUUCAAUAUUAAAUUAGGUCUAUUUCAUUUUAAAUGCAUGUGAUCAGUGCACUUUGAAGACCUCGAUGGCGUUGUCACUUAAUGCUUCUUGAAGAGCCGCAUCUUCUAAACAAUUGACCGGCGAUUUUCUGCAUAAAUUUGAAUUCCAGCAAGUUUAGAGAAAGAUUUUUGUCCAAGUGCGUUAAUUGCUUUUUUACUUUCAACGCACAACACGUAUUGUCGGACUGCAGAGGUUAUUCCAAAUAUUUUUAGACGCUGGGCCGCCUCGAGAAACGAUAAUUGAAUUUUGAAUAAACAAUUGAAUUAUUUAUUUCUAAAUAUAUUUAACGACGGGCGAAAUAGCCAUAUAGAAUUUUAGAGAUUUUUUAUCCAAUUAUGGGGUCCAAUCAUGAUCAAAUAUUUUUGCAUAUACUUCGUGAAGAGAAGAAUAUUAGUAACUUCUUGGAUGCCUUUUUUGGAUUUUUAUAUAGAUGUACAGACUUUUAUGUCGAAGCAAACUCAGAGCAAAAAUUGGGCUUUCCAUCAGGAAUAAUGGAGAAACUUGUUUUAAAUGCUAUGUAUAAAUGGAAAGAUGAAUCGAUUUUACAAAAAACUUCACAGAAGACAUUAUCUGUAAAUGAUAAUACAAAAAGCAUACAAUCAAAUCAAUCAGUUUUGAUACAAAAUGAAGAAUGCAGAUUUACUCCUCCAGUUGAGCAAGAAAUUGAAAUUAGUUCGUGUAACGAAUUUGAUAAUAUUAAAUCAUCCUGUGUACAAUCAUCCAAAGUAGAUCACAUAUCCGACAGUUAUAAUGGAGCUGUGAGGGAUAAUUAUAUUUGGACUCAGACUCUCAAUGAUUUAGAUGUACUUGUAAAGAUACCGGAACAUGUAAAAGCAUCCAAAGACACGGUCAAGAUCAACAUAAGCUCAAAUGAACUUAAAAUCGAUGUAAAGUCUUCUACUUCAUCAGUGGAUUCUAAAUGGGAUAACAUUUUUAAUGGCAAACUUAGUUUUAAAAUUCGGAGAGAUGAAUCUAUAUGGAGUAUCGAAGGAAAACAUAUUAAUAUUCAUCUUGAAAAGACUGCAGAGAGAUGGUGGGAAGCCUUAAUAAUUGACGAACCAAAAAUUGAUUUAAACAAAAUUGAUUGUUCGAAACAUUUUGAUGACAUGGCGCCAGAAGAACAAAUGAAAGUGCAAGAAUUGAUGUGGAAUCAUCAACAGAAAGUCUUGGGCAAACCAACAUCUGAACAAAUUAAAAUGGAAGCUACUUUGAAGCAGGCAUGGAAUGCAAAAGGAUCACCUUUCCAAGGUACGCCUUACGAUCCUUCUAUUUUGAAGUACAAUUAACAUAUUUUAAUGUUUCUCUAAAUUGUGAUAUUUAUAUACGUUAGAUACU